AUCAGGUGUUGUUGCACAAUAACCUAACUGGCUCACUGCUCUUUGAAUGAAUCAGUGGGGUCACAGAAGAUAUUGGGGGACGAUGUAGAAGGAGAAGGCAAAGAAGAAGACAUAACUACGGGUCACGUGAUUGGGUCGAGCAUCUUUUUGGUCCAUUUUGGAUGAUAGCAGAAGCUCCGUGCAACUCAAGAAAAUGACCAAACUGCAGUUUUUAAACGUAUUUUUGACUGAGCGUCUCAUGCUUGCUGCUCAGGAGAUCUACAAAUCUGUCGAGGACACGAUGUUGGAGUUCCAGGAGGAGAUAGCGAUCAGGGAGCGGGAGAACGACCAUUUGAGACGGAGGCUGCGAGACGCUGGAAUUGAAAUAUGGCCAGAUCGUCCAUCCAUGGCGCUGUUGGAUGAGGAGGAUGGUGAGCAUCCACGGCGUGAGUGGAGUCCCAGCAUGGGGCAUGAAGAGCGGAUCCCUAUUCAGAUUAAGGAUAAAAGAGAUCUCCGGGCCAACCAAGGAGACGAUCAGCUUCGUGGCCAUGGCUCUUGCAGCACACCAGAAAACAUGUUUACUCCCCCGCGUGUUGGAAAUAAAUAUCCCCAGGAUGGCCCGCACACAUCCAACCUCCCUCAGAGUCAAGGUGUGGAGAACAGGGAGAGGGAUCCUACAUCUCGAGGCUCCUCGAGGCAUGUGAAGGUAGAGAGUGGAGGAGGCCACAGAGGCUCUACUUCCUCCAACAGCAGCGCCCAGCCACUCGCACCAGUCAACCCAAACUGCUCAAAUGAGAACAACAUUGACAUUGGGGUGGAGAAUGGAGGGCAGAUGGUUGGUGCUAAAGGAAAUGGAAAUGGAGCUAACAGAGGACAGGCCUCUCAAAUGCGCAACCAAGGAGCCAAUACUGUGGACUGCCCUCAUCAAAAAUCCCCCCUACAAGGCCACAUGGCUUCAUUUUCCUGCAAGGUUUGUGGUGAGGCAUUUAGUCAUGUUGGCCACCUUCAUGUGCAUGUACAAGUGCACACUCGAGAAAAACCUUACCGUUGUGGAGUGUGCGGGAAAUGCUGCAGCUCCUCUGGCAGACUCCAGGAGCACCAGCGUAGCCACACCGGAGAAAAACCAUUUCGUUGCCAGAUUUGUGGAAAGGGCUUCACACAGAUGGCUCAUUUGAAGGUACACAUGAGGAUCCAUACUGGAGAAAAGCCAUACAGUUGCCCUGUGUGUGGCAAAUGCUUCAGCCGUUCUGACAAAAUCAAAAGGCAUCUCCAGACCCAUAGCCGCGAGGGAACAUAUUUCUCAGGGCAAUGAUGCAAGUGUGUUGUUAAACAACCCAGUUUGUGAAUCCUUGAUAAGGGAAGCUUUCCUACAAAAAGCUAAAAUCGCUGCCAUUCAAAUGAGGCUUUUCUUUCUUCCAACUUUUUCAAGAACUAGGGAUUCAGCAAGUCUUAGAGAACGUUUAUCUAACCUGACAUUUCUCCACGCCAUAGUCUCUCAAUAGAUUUUGUAUUAGCCAGUUUAGUAUGCCAUUUACUUAAUUUUGUACUUGUCACAGAGUAUUAAAACUCCAAGACACAAUCUGAGUUAUUAGCUAGCCUUUAUGAAUUAUCUAGCCUUUCCUAAAUCAUAAUUAGCAUGAUGAAGUCUUCCACACAUGCCUUGAAACUGAGAUGCAUAACAAAAUUCAACAAUGUUCAACACAGUCACAGCUUUUUAUCAACCAGUCACUUCAAAUCCAUAAAGUUUACACUUUGGUUCAAAAUCUGCAGACUUGACAUAUAUUUUGUAGUCAUUAUUUUAGGACCUAAAAUUAAGAGUCAGUGCAUGAAAUUAUCUCUUACUUGGAGAAUUGAUGGCCUGACCAAUGAAGCCUGCGUGUUAUCUGUCUAACACUGCCAGUAGUUUUUCAUGUAGCAAUUAAACAAUGAUUGAUAAAUGAAUUUAGGUGAACAAAAAGCCACUAAAGUGCGCCUGUAAACGGUGGACUUGACUGACUUACAAGGAGAAGUCUAACCUGGCACUUAUCUCCAUUUUUAUCUUUAUUUUAACAUCCUUUUUUUUUCUGAGUGAUGUUAAAUUGCUACAGAGCUAAAUACUGCCAUCUCACAUCACCAGUGCUUCAUGUUGUACACUUGAAAAUGGAUCAAUCUAUUGUGAGACUGCUCCACUAUUUUGUGAAAUAAUGUGAUAUUCUGUAAAAUACCACUAGUCUUGAUCUACCGUUCUUUUUUUAAUUUUGUGUCUGUUUUAAUGACAUGCACAAUGGCAUCUUUCUAAGACGGUGCAGAAAUUCACUCUAUAAUAGGGCCGUACAGUAUUGGAUGAACCUAUCUCUGUUUUUUCAGGGGUUUCACUCUGCAAGGAUUUAUGUUCAUCUGUGUUUCCACCACAGUAGUUAUUCACAUGUGACACAUUUUUGGGAGUGGCCUCAGUUGUGGUUGUGGAUUUUCAGAGGUGAUGUUUGGUGUAUCAUAGAAUCAGGUACUUCCUCUGCCCAUCUUAGACUGACCCCCUGCACAGUAGACCCUACUGUCAGCUUUCUCCUCUCAGGACUAAUGCUGCAUUCAUAACGUGAGGACUAAUAUCUGACUUGAAAAGGCUAUUAUAAAAGUCAGAAACUCAGGGUUUGUGAGUUUUCUCAUGGAAUUUGUCUCUGCUUGUUUGCAGAAAUAAACAUGUAACGUAACAAUUUCAACAAAAUCGGAACAUCCUGCAAGAAGACCAACUAAGAAAAAAAAAUGAUACCUUCAGAGUGUGUCAGAGCUCAGUUGGUGCUCUGGGAUGCUCACCAGUGAACCCUUCAUGCACAAUGAAUGCAGCAUGAGACAACUAUGGCAUGUCCUCACAGCUGACCAGCAGCCCUUCACUCACAGUCUUCUCUGGGACACAUUUGCUCCCCUGCACACACUCCAAUGUACAGUGUUGUAUCAUGAUGUAUUAAAUGGUAUUUUUUAAUAAAGUAGUAAUUGAAUAU